AUGACUUCCAAUGAAGGCAGAGCUCAAUCAAACUUGCAUCAGCAAGAUUUAUCUAAGCUAGAUGUCACAAAAUUAUCCGCUUUAUCACCUGAAGUGAUAUCUAGACAAGCUACCAUCAACAUUGGUACAAUUGGCCAUGUAGCCCAUGGAAAAUCUACUGUGGUUAAAGCUAUAUCUGGUGUACAGACCGUUAGAUUCAAGAAUGAACUGGAAAGAAAUAUUACAAUUAAAUUAGAGCGCCUGGCUGACUCAGUUAUAAACAUGUUUCGUGACAGAGCUGACGAAAGAGAUGAAAAAUUAUUUUGUGAAAAAUUAAGAAAAGCAAGAAAGAGAUCAGUGCAAUCUGAUUCAGAUUUAACACCCCAUAAAAUAACAAGCAAAAAACGAAGGACACAAAAACAAGAACCGGGAGACUAUAUCAUAGAAAAAAUUCUUGAUUUUAAGUUUGAAUCUGGUAAAGAAAAAUUUUAUAUAAAAUGGAAAGGUUGGGAUGAUAGUGAAAACACAUGGGAACCUAUAGAAAAUCUAGAUAAUUGCCCUGAAAUUUUAAAGGAGUUUUUAAUAAAUGAAGAGGUAAAACAUUGCCAUCAAAUGGAGAAACUUAAAGAGGAAAUAUCUUUUGAUAAUUUACUUAGGGAAGAUAACCUUGUUAGUAGGCUUGAUGAAUUUGAAGAAUUAGAUCUUCCUAAACUAAAGGAAGAUCUUAUACUAAAAUUGCUUUGUAUGAUUCAUCUUAAAGAAUCUGAAGAACUUUAUGCAUCUGAACUUGUUGAAGACACUAGAAACAUUUUACAGCUAUAUAAUAUGUGCAGAAAACGAUGUCAACAACUUAUGGCUUUAAAGAAUUGGGAGGAGUACCUUAAUCGAGUUGAUAAAUGUAAGAAGUUAAAUGUUGAAAAUAAUGUUGAUUUAACUGGUCCACCAGAAAAUUUUACUUACAUAAAUGAAUCAAUCCCUGGAGCUGGUGUUGUUAUUCCUAAUGAACCACCAAUCGGAUGUGAAUGUGAAGCUUGUAAUUGUCGAUCUAAAUCUUGUUGUGGAAUGCAGGCAGGCCUGUUUGCAUAUACAGUAAACAAGCGGCUUAGAGUGGCAUCUGGUACCCCAGUAUAUGAGUGCAAUAAGGCUUGCAAAUGUUCAUCUGAAUGCAAUAAUCGUGUUGUCCAAAAAGGACGCAAUGUAAAGCUCACAAUAUUCAGAACAUCUAAUGGAUGCGGUUGGGGGGUGAAAACUGAACAAAAAAUUAAGCAAGGUCAAUUCUUGUGCCAAUAUGUCGGUGAAGUUAUAACUUUUGAAGAAGCAGAGAAAAGAGGACGAGAGUAUGAUGCAAAUGGGUUGACAUACUUGUUUGACUUAGAUUUUAACUCUGUAGAAAACCCUUAUGUUGUGGACGCUUGCAAUUUAGGCAAUGUAUCCCAUUUCAUAAAUCAUUCAUGUGAUCCAAAUAUGGGGGUAUGGGCCGUAUGGGCAGAUUGCUUGGAUCCUAAUUUGCCAAUGCUGGCGUUAUUUGCAACACGAGAUAUUGAGGCAGGGGAGGAGAUCUCUUUUGAUUAUCUUCAGAAAUCUUCAGAUAAUGAUGAAGAUACUAUUUCUGUUUCCCAUAAAGAAGAAAUAGAAGAAGAUGUCAGUAUUCCAAGUGCUUCAGAAGCAACAACUGCUGUCUCCCCAGUGUCACCUACUAAGUCUCGAUUCGAAAUUCAACAGCAAAAUAUGGCACUGCUAAGAAACCGUACUGAAUGUUAUGCAAACGCGAAAAUCUACAAAUGUGACAACCCGAAAUGCCCCCGACCCACAAGUUUCACAUCGGGCGGGUCGUCCAAGGACGACAACUUCCCGUGCCUGCGGCCCGCCUGCACUGGCCGCUUCCAGCUCGUGCGCCACGUCAGCUUCGUGGACUGCCCCGGCCACGACAUCCUCAUGGCCACCAUGCUUAACGGUGCCGCCGUCAUGGACGCCGCGCUUUUGCUUAUUGCAGGUAACGAAUCAUGUCCCCAACCGCAAACUAGCGAGCAUUUGGCCGCCAUAGAGAUUAUGAAAUUGAAACACAUAAUAAUACUACAGAACAAGAUUGACCUGGUAAAGGAAGGCCAAGCUAAGGAACAACACGAACAAAUCACUAAGUUCGUGCAAGGGACUGUUGCUGAAGGAGCUCCCGUCAUACCCAUAUCUGCUCAGCUCAAAUAUAAUAUCGAGGUGCUGUGCGAGUACAUAACAAAGAAGAUCCCGGUGCCGAUCCGCGACUUCACGUCGCCGCCGCGCAUGAUCGUGAUCCGGUCGUUCGACGUGAACAAGCCCGGCUGCGAGGUGGACGACCUGCGCGGCGGCGUCGCCGGCGGCUCCAUACUGCAGGGUGUGUUGGCGGUGGGCAUGGAGAUCGAGGUGCGGCCCGGGCUGGUGAGCAAGGACGCGGACGGCAAGCUCACGUGCCGGCCCAUCUUCUCGCGCAUCGUGUCGCUGUUCGCCGAGCAGAACGAGCUGCAGUACGCGGUGCCCGGCGGCCUCAUCGGUGUCGGCACGCGCAUCGAACCCACGCUCUGCCGCGCCGACCGCCUCGUCGGACAGGUUUUAGGCGCUGUUGGAGCAUUGCCGGGAAUCUUCGUUAAGCUUGAAGUAUCAUAUUAUCUCCUCAAACGUCUACUCGGUGUGCGCACAGAAGGCGACAAGAAGGCCGCAAAAGUUCAAAAGCUUGCUAGGAAUGAAGCAUUGUUGGUAAACAUCGGGUCUCUCAGCACUGGUGGGCGCGUGAUCGCCACAAAGGCUGAUUUAGCGAAAAUCGCUCUCACAAGCCCCGUCUGUACAGAAAUCGGGGAGAAGGUUGCUCUCAGUAGGAGAGUGGAAAAUCAUUGGAGGUUAAUUGGUUGGGGACAGAUUCAAGGAGGUGAAACUAUUGAGCCUGGAAAGAAU